ACAACAACAACAACAACAACAACAACACACACGCACGCACGCACACACACACACCACACACAAAACAGACACGAAGACACAAGACCACCAACGAAGAUGGAUGUGCACAACGUGCUUCCAGCCAGUGUGACCAAGCAACUUGGCGACAAGAUCUACGACAAGCGCAAGAAUGCCGCGCUGGAGGUGGAGAGGCUAGUCAAACAGAUGCUGGCCAGAAGGGAAGAAGGAAAGGUGGUUGCUGUCAUCUCCUUGCUGCGCACAGGCUUUCUCCGCCACGACAAUGCCAACAACCGCAAGGGUGGCUUGAUUGGCCUCGCAGCCACCGCGAUGGCUCUCAGCCAGUAUCUGGAGUCCAUCAGCGGCUACCUGAGCGAGCUGGUUCCUCCCAUCCUCGCCUGCUUUGGCGAUUCAGAUUCGCGCGUGCGCUACUAUGCCUGCGAGGCCAUGUACAACGUGUCCAAAGUUGCACGGCACGACAUCCUCCUCUACUUUAACGAGAUCUUCGACGAGCUGAGCAAGCUGUGCGCUGAUCCCGAUCCGAGCGUCAAGAGCGGUGCGGAGACGCUUGACCGCCUCAUCAAGGACAUUGUGACAGAACAGCCCUGCUUCGACGUCGACAAGUUCGUCCCGUUACUCAGUGAGCGCAUCUACGCCGGCAACCCAUACGUUCGCCAGUUCCUCGUCUCCUGGAUCAGCGUCCUCGACUCUGUGCCCGAAAUCGACAUGCUUGCGCAUCUGCCCAAGUACCUGAGCGGGCUGUUCAAGAUCCUGAGCGACCAGAAUCCGGAGAUUCGGCGCAUGUGCCAGGCCGUUGUCGACGAGUUCCUCCACGAAAUCAAGGAGGCGGCAGAUGUCGACUUCCCUUCAAUGCUGCAGAUCCUUUCUGCAUACUGCUCAUCAGAGGACUUUCUCAGCAAAUUCACAGCCAUCACCUGGGUCGAUGAGUUCAUUCUUCUCGCAAAGGCGGAGAUGCUGCCCCACCUCGCCACGCUCCUCGCUGCCGUCCUGCCCUGUCUCAAACACGUGGCUGACAGUGAAGGAAAGCGCAUGAGACAAAUUGCUGUGAGCGCAAACAACCGGUUCAUGAACCUCGUGCAAGAUACGGCAGAAACAGAGCUGCAAUCCGUGGACCUUCAGCCUGCGCUCCAGAUCCUCUGCGGUCUCCUGCAGAGUCAGAGCAUCCCCACGCGGUAUGCCGCACUGGAGUGGCUCGUCAUGCUCAGAACAGUCGCGCCAAAGGAGAUGUACAUGCAGGCAGAUGCGCUGACGCAGCAGCUGCUUGCCACCAUGGCCGACGACAGCCACGAGGUUGUGCGGUUGGGUGUGCAGCUCAUCUCGGCCAUGAGCGUGGUCAAGAACGACGGCAGCGAGAGCGCGUUCCAGGACAGCGCAGACACGUUCUUCGACAGGGUCAUGGUUGGUCUGCUGGAGCUAUUCAAGCAGGACAGCAUGCUGCUCUCCAAAGGCGACAGCGCAAUCAUCCGCACGCUCUGCAAACACCUGCGUCCACACCGUGUAUACGAGGCGUUUGCAGAGAUUGUCGUUUCGACAGAGGACCCCGUGUUUGCGUGGACGGUGGUGCAGAACCUCAACAUCAUUCUGCUCACCGCCGCAGAGCUGGCUGCGUUGCGGGAAGAGUUGAAAGAGCUUCAAGGCGAUGACAUUCGCGCGCUCUUCUGCCAGCUGUACCGCUGCUGGUCCCACAACCCGAUUGCCACGCUCUCGCUGUGUCUGCUGGCGCAGGUGUACGACCACGCUGCUGACUUGCUUCUCGAAUUUGGGAAACUGGACGUUACCAUGCCGUUCCUCGUCGAGGUCGAUCGCUUGAUACAGCUGCUCGAGUCGCCAAUCUUCACAUAUCUGCGACUGCAGCUGCUGCAACCACGCGCAUACGCGCACCUCAUCAAGUGCCUCUUUGGCCUCCUCAUGCUUCUUCCACAGAGCUCUGCAUACAACACGCUGAAGAACAGACUGGACUGCAUUCCCGCCAUCUCCAUCGCGCUCGGCGCCCUCGAUCAAGGGGACAGCAGUGCGGAGCUGAAGGGGAACAUUGGGCUGGAUCUUCCGUUUGAGGAGCUGCUGACGCACUUUCAUGAGAUGCAGCAGAGGCAGGCCAGCACCAAGGACCAGGGCACAGCACCAGGGGCAGCGGUUGCCGUCAUGUCCUCCUCCUCCGCCGCCGCCGCCAACACAUCCAACAACAAUGGCGGCACGACACCAAAACGCACGCAGCCGCAGCAGCAACAGCAGCAGCCGCAGCAAGGCAAGGCAUCUGACAGGAGAUAGGCGUGCCCGUUAUUACAUUUUGUUGUUGACGUUACAAGUACAUUACAUUGCAUUACACAUUGCAUGGCACCAAGACGGGGAUGUCUUUUGCUGCGUUGCUGCGCUAAGGAAGGGUGAUGGCAGCACUUGUCCAAGCGUCGAGAAUACAAUGAGCAAAG